AUGCGGCGCUUCGCACUGUGGGCGGCGUGCGUGCCGCUGGCGGCGGCGAGCUUUGGGUUCGCGCCGAAGCGCUUCAAGGAGGAGGGGCUGAUUGAUGCUGGAUCGCUUGGCCUGGACGGGAUUGCGGGAUCGGUCGUGGCGUGGGGGCACUACAACGACGACCGCUUCCUCGACGUGUUUGUCAUGGCCGAGGACCGCAGCGCGGUGCGCGUCCACGAGUGGAUGCACAUGGACUUUGCGUUUAAUGCGACGCCCGCCGCGACGCUCACGAUGCCAAGCGACCUGCGCGUCGUGAACGUGGUGCCGGCCGACUUUAACUACGACGGGCGCGUCGACGUGCUCGUCAUGGCCGAGCCUGUGUCGCGCACGCCGACCGCCGCGCCGCUCUCGCUGCUGCUCUGGCGCUCGGGCGAGCACGGGCUGGAUACGGCGCCGAUGCUGCUCCCGGGCGCGACGCACGCACACCCGCUGACGCUCGACGCCACUGGCGACCUGCACGUCGACCUGCUCGGCCACGCGGCCAGCGCGCCGCAACACCUGUCGAUCUGGCGCAACGAGCUGAGCGCCGAGACGCCCACCUUUUCUCUGAGCGAGCCUGCGCUCUUUUACGACCAGCCCGUGCCGCCGUGCGAGCUCGCGUCGCCGCACUCGUCCGCCCAGAUCGACUUGAACGGCGACUGCCUCGCGGACCUCUUUUUGGUGUGCGCCACGGGCGACGCGGCGCAGCACACGUACCAGAUCUGGACCGCACGCAAGGACGGGCCGCUCCAAUAUACACUCGCGCAGACCGGCGCGCUGCCGCGCAACGCGGGGCCGCUGUCGUUUGCGGACAUGAACCGCGACGGGACGAUCGACGUGGUGUUCCCCACGUGUGAGCGCGGCAAGUGCACGAUCCACAUUGCGUACAACCAGCAGAUUCCCCUGUGUGCGCCCGAAAGCCCGUGGGUGCCGCACGGCGCGCCGGAGCGCUGCCGCGACCCGCUGCAGCUGUGCGAGGCCGACGACGCGUUCCAGCUGAACUUUACGAUCGCCGACGACAACGCGCUGCUCGCACACCUCGACGUCGAGGCGCUCACCGGGGACAGCCAGCUACUCCUCGAGGACGACCUGUCGCCGCUGCGCACGCCUGUGCCGAUCCGCAUCGGCGACGAAAACAAGGACGGGUACCCCGACCUGCUGUUGCUCACCGUGCCGAAAGGCGCGCGCGUCGGCGAGACACGCACGCGCCUCCUCGAGAGCGCGCCGUGCACCAAGCGCUCGACCGCGCAGGGGUGCGGCGACGUGGGCCGCCGCACGUUUGUGCCACUCGCAGACACUGUGCUGGACACCUUUCAGUUUGUGCGCAGCGCGGCAUUUGUCGACCUCGACGAGGACGGCACGCUGGAUAUCCUCGUGCAGUCGCUGCAGGGCACGCAGCUCCGCACGUCGCUCGCACGCGACGUGCACUUUGUGCAGAACAACUACUUCCAUGACGCCUUCUUCCUCAAGACGCUCACGCUGAACGCCGCGUGCCGCGGCCGCUGCGAGCCGCAAGAAGGCCGGCCGUUUGAGCCGUGGGGCGCGGGCCUCAGCGGCGCCUCGUACAAAUUCGCGGUCCUCGACCCGAACGGCGUGCGGCGCGCGCAGCAGGUCAGCCAGCAGCCACAGACGGCGUACAGCGCGCUGCAGCCGCCGUCGGCGCUCUUUGGCCUCGGCCGCACGAACAACUAUGUCGAGUCGCUGUUUGUCGGCAGCACACGCCGCCAGGAACAGCCAUACCUCGUGAUGGAGGGCGUGAUCCCCAACUCCGAGGUCGUCGUGACCCCGUGGCAGGACGGCGCGUCGCCGCUCACCUGGCGCCGCGAGCUCUUUUUGCACCCGGGCGACUGGAUCCCCCUCGUGACUGCGGCGCUCGCAGGCCUCCUCCUCUUCCUCGGCGCCAUCGUCUUUGCACUCGACCUCAACGAGAAACGCGAGGACGAGCGCGAGCGCCAGCGCGCCGUGCACGCCAUCAACUUUGACGCCUUGUAG